CUGGAACUCAUUUUGUCUAUCGGCCGUGUUUUGCUGGUUUGCUGUGUGUUCAUAUACUAUACUUACAGCAAACGCGCUCAGAAUCGUCCCAACCAACAGCAAACGAAUGAACAAACGACCGACCGACACACACAAUACACAAUCUGUAUGGUAGCCCGAGCUUGAAGUCUGUUUAAGGCAACCGACUCGAACGGACGUGUGCACACACCACAAAAAAACCAAUCCAAUCAAAUCCGAUUCAACUAGUACAACACACAUUGUUAUUGUGACACAUCUCUUUCGGACGAGCGUGCUGUUAACAAUUCUGGGUUGCAAGGCGAUAGAAUUUCUAUGAGAGGUUGAACGAUUGUUGUUUCGGUCGAUCAAUCCUUUUCAAUUGUCGUCAACGCACAUCACUUGCACUCAUCAACUUGUAAUACAUCCUGACGGUUAAGCGACCAAGUGAAAUUCGUUUUUGAAAACAUUUUUUGUUUGCUUCUGAUUUCGGUGCAUUUUACGAGUGAUUUUUUUUUUUCGUUACUGUUGUUGUUGUUCUUGUUGUUAUCAUUGUAUUACUUAAAAUUACUUUCAUUUUGUUGCAACAUUAAUGAAUUCUCCCGCAAAAUUAAACACUAAUGCAAUUGAUAAGAUUCAUGAGUUAAACGAAAAUUGAGUGAAAAAAAAUUAUCAUUGAGAUUAUAAUUUCGACAUUGGUACACAAAUACCGGCAAUUUUUGCAUGACUUUAAAAAACAGUCUGACGAAGAAAAAAAAAGAAGGAAAAACUGAGAAUAAAAACAUUUUUUUUGUGAUUGAUAAAAUCAGAGAAAAAUAUUGGCAAAGUGAUCAUUGCAAUUUACAACCGUUUUUUUUUUUAAUUAAUCGCUCUGUUCUCCUGUGAAAAUCUCACCACUAACGAACGAAAAUGGUUUUGGUCUUAAAUGGUGUUUUACAAGAUGACUGUCCGUCCGACACAAUGUCAUUGUUCAUGCAACAUCCCGUAUACAGAGAUUAUGCCAAUCAACUGGUUUCGAUACCAACGAAAACGAUCGGUCCAGUAGGUUUGUUAUAUGUUGGCCAAAGGGAAAUGGCAGCAGUUGCAACGCACGAUAAAAAUGUGAAUAUUAUUGGUGCAGACGAUGCCACCACUUGUAUUAUAGUUGUAGUUAGACAUUCAGGUUCUGGUGCUGUUGCGCUGGCUCAUUUAGAUGGCAAUGGAACGGAUGAGGCAGUAUCUACCAUGGUACACAGAGUUCAAAAUUUAGCAUUCGGUUAUCCAGAAGGUCGAAUAGAAUUGCAAUUGAUUGGUGGCUACAGAGACCAACCGGGCGGCUAUGCUGAAGACUUAUUUUAUAACAUAAUGCAGUCAUUUCAUAAACUACCAAUAGAAAUCGACUUAACGCAAGCCUGUGUCGGCGAAUUGAAUACAACAAUACGAGGUGAAUCAAAUUGGCCAAUUAUUUAUGGUGUUGGUGUGAACAUAAAAACCGGUGAAAUAUUCCCAGCUUCAUUUCCAGACAAAGGUCCCGAUUUGCAAUUGCGCCAAGCACGAAAUUUUACUGGCGGCCAAACGGUUUUAGAUAUAUAUGAUUCAGCGGCUGGUAUGUUGCGCAUAGGACCGUUCAAUUAUGAUCCCAUCCGAGGAGUUGAUCUAUGGCUAGCUCAGAGUGAUGAAUUUUUAUUAACGCAUUUAUCAACCAGUCCAGAAGUGGAACCACCACAUUUCACGAAACAGGUUCGAGAUACGUUGAAGUAUAUUCAAGAUAAUCAAUUUCCGGCGGUGACUGUGUUUCGUGAUAAUCGGCCACGUUAUUAUCAACGCGACGAUAUGACUGGCGCUUGGACUCCAGUAAGAUUUUAAUUAAUCCUUUUCUUGUUUGGUUUUAUUUUUCUCGUCAUGAUUGUGUUAAACAAUUGACUCGAUCAGCUUAAAGAAGAAAAAAAAGAGCAAGAAGUGUUAUUCCAUAAAUUCUGUAAGAAACAAAAACACGACUAUUCCAUAAAUCCUCAGUUCAGUUUCAUUUGACAAAAAAAAAGAAUAGAAAAACAAGUGAAAAGAAACGGAAUUUAUACAAAUGCAAGAUGUACAUUUAUCAUGAAUGGAUUUUUUUUCGUCGCCGUUAGAGUAUCAAAUAUGGAUGCACUUUGUAUUAUUGUCCAUCUCUCUAUAUAUAUUGAAAACCAAUUAGUUGCCAUCAAAACUAGAUAAAUUAGCACCAAAUCGGCAAACAAACCAUUUGGGUGUAUUCAGAAUAAAAAAAAAAGAAAAAGAAAAAAACCCUUUUUUUCCAUUUAAAUGAUGAAUGUUUAUUUGAAAGGAAAAUCGCAUCAAUUGUUAUCAAUGAUAUUUUUACGUUACUAUUUAAUUAUCGUUAUUCUUUUACGUAUGAUGUGAGUUUUUUCAAUUAUUAUAAAUCUGUUUUCUUUUUGAGGCGAAUAGUUUGAUGAGAACAGAAAAAAGUGCGAUAUGCUAAAGAAAAUAGCCGCAAACCCGGUUCUGAAACAAAAAAUCGACAAUUAUCAAUUCACUUAAUUUAUUGCAAUGUCUUUUUUAUAAGUAAACCAUAUUGUUUUUUCUUCCUUUGAACAAUUCCUUCACACUCCGAAUGGCCGCUCUCGCCCAAACAGAAACGGCAAAGAAUAUCCGUAACCUCUUUUCACACGUAAUUCGGGCGAAGCGAAUUUUGAUUUGAAAUGUUUUUAUUGAAUUUUAUAUACAUAUAUGGAAAAGACAUUUUUUUAAGAGAAAGAAAAAGAUACUAAUUUGUAUAUAUCCCAAUAUAUCGAUAUAAUCAGAUUGUAAAAGAAACGUUCCCCUACGUGAAUUUGAUUGACAUAAAAUCAAAACAAUUCGAAUUUAGUAACAGCGACAAAAAUGCGCAAAUACUACAAAAAAAAAAGAACAAAUUUCAAUCCCUUUAUAAACGACCUUGAUUUUCGUUUCGUUUCGGUUAUAAUGAACAUUUCUAUCAAUUACAAUUAAAAACAACAAUAAAGAAACAAUUUUAUGUACUUUAGUUGAAUAAUUUUUUUUUUAAUCAAAAACAAAUGAAAAGAAUAAACGUAUUCAGUUUCAGAACAGCCAAAUUUAAGUAAAAAAAAAGAAA